CCAUGGCUUAAUAUAAUAAUGACACCAUGACCUUUCAGUUUCACUCUUCCUUGCAAGAUGAAGACGUUAAAAACGAUACCGAUGAUGGCAUGGCUAUGUACAUGUAAGGCUUAUCCAUCGAAGGAGAUGAUGAAUUUUCCGAUGGCAAAGAGUUCUUGUAUUCCUCUGAUGAAAAGGAGUUGAGUAGACCUUAUCAUUUGCCAGCUACACCCCCACGUGGCAAUGAGGCUCGAAACACAAAGGAAAAGGUGUAGGAGAAUGAGAAAGAGUGAGAAAAAAGACAAGGAAAACGUGAUGGUUGUAAGUGAUGAAAGUAGGUUGAGGGUGAUAACAAGGCCAAAAGGUGGAAGAAGGUCACUGUGCAUGGACUUGGAGGAAGUGAAGGCUUGUAGAGAUACCCUCUCCUCUUUCUCCAAUUCCACACUUGACACUAGUAGUGGUGUUACUUCACCAAUUUGCUGCAUCUCUAGUCCCGGUGAUGAUCCAAAAGAUGUAAAGGCUCGGCUCAAGCUGUGGGCACAGGCGGUAGCAGCAUCUGCAUCCAGAUACGGCACUUGACAUGCUAUUAUUCUCCUAACUAAACCCAACCCCUUUCUCUAUGGAGGCUAUAAACACAUUUACUACAUAUAAUAUCUAACUAUAGCUAUGUUGGAUUGGUGAAGACGAUGGAGUGGAGAAGAACAUGAUAUCAGAAAUGUUUCAUGCAUGGCCAUUAAUUUCUUAUCUAUUUGCCACCUAGCUAGUAAAAGAAAAAGAAAAAAAUAUAGAUAUGUUAGGAUGAAGAAAUAAAAAGAACAUUAUUAAUAUUAAUGAAGUAUUCGUACAUUCACAUAUCAUUCCUCAUAAAUGUAUUAUGCUUCAUUAUUUAGAUUAGUAAAUAGAUUAGUAAAACGAUAGUGUAAUACUCAAUAGAAAUUAGUGGAACCUAUUGUUGGGUUACAAGUGUGAGGUGAAGUCCCACAAUGAGUAGAAGUGAAAAGGUUGAGCACCAUAUAAGUGAGGAGAAGACCCAUAAACUUGAGUCUUAAGAUUUUGAAUUAGAGUGUGGUGUUAGGAAAAGAACCCUCGAAUUUCCCCAACACCUAUUUCAUUCUAUUCUAUUAACCGUCAAUUUUUUUUUCUAUUUCCCCUAAUUUGUAACGAAAGAGAGAUGCAAUAAGGAUCUUGUUCUAUAGUAUAUCUAAACAAGGAAAUGAAUUAUUUUAUUUCAACAUGUUUCAUUUUACUCCAUUCUAUUCCAUUUAUCCAAACAUGGAGGAAAGGGUGAUAUAAUUUUCUUUUUGUCAAAUUCCCAAAUCCUUGGGGAGUCUUAAUUGGUUUUUCAAAUUUAUGUCCCUUUUUUUUUGUGAUGGAUCGUUAGUUUGGUCACGUUUUAUCUGUAUAGUAGUGUUUGAAAAUGAAGCCAUGAUGAGAACAGAGUUGACAUCAAUGCGGUAGAAGUGGGUGGGUUGGGUGGAAGUUUUAAUGCAUAUAAAGUCAAUCAGUGGUCACUACUGCUACUACUUUGUGUACUUAAUAAAUUGACAAGGAGAUCCUCACCUCAGUCUCGGUCCCUCCUUUGAUGUGUACAAUAGAAAAUUUGUUGGAGAUUUGGGUUAAGUAUCAUGGAAAGUCGGCCUCAUAUUCUUAGAAAAAAUUUAAAAAUAACAUUAAAAUGACAAAUUAUUUUUAUUUUUGUUUAAACUUAAGUUAUCCUCCACGGGAGACAAUUCUUCCCAACAUUUAACAUAGCUGAAUGUCCAGUCGUUUUUAUUUUGGAAUUAGAAAUCAAUGAUAAGUUAAUAACAUGAAGACAUUUUCAACAAAGUAAAUGUUUAGACUUGUUUGCGCGCACCUUAAGUCAUCAUCCUAUGACUAUAGCAAAAUUGUUCACAAAUUACGGUAGCAAUGAUUGUGUAACUUCAUGACUUCUAUCCCAGGUGAGUGCC